AAGCCACCUGACAUCAUUAUUACAAUUGCUAUUAUUAAGAUGUCUUGUCACAAGAAUGAGUUUUAAUCGUUUUUUGUUUAAGUAAUUUUUCUAUCGAGAAGUUUCUUCUUCCAAACCUGUAAGUCUAGAUAUUCUGAAAGUGGCCAACGGUUUCCUGACCACGUACACUUUCGGAGAAUCUGGACAAAUGCAACUAACAAAGACUCCGACAUUGGAUAUUCCAACCACUCGACCUAAAGCGGGAAACUUAUUAGAUGGGGGACAGGCUUUGUGGCCUUGUGACAGUCACUCGUGGUGGACCGUUGGCCCUCCCGCUUUGGAAGUGCACAGAGAGGAGACCGCGAGACCCGUGGGGGCCAGUGGCAGCCAGGACGCGGCGCAGAAGCUGGGCCGAAGUGUUUCCUUCCCUGUGGAGAAAUCCUGGCUUGGCGUCCCUGGCCCUUCAGGAAGAGCCAUGGCCUCAGCCACAAGCAGCAAGAAGAUGCGGGAGGAGGCCACCUGCUCCAUCUGCCUGAACCUGAUGGCCGAGCCCGUGAGCAUCAGCUGCGGACACAGCUACUGCCAGGCCUGCAUCCUGCGCUUCCUGGACAACCAGCCGCGCCUGCCGCAGGAAUCCCCCUGCCCGCAGUGCCGCGCCCCGUUCCAGCGGUUCAGCCUGCGGCCCAACAAGCAGCUGGGCGGCCUCAUCGCAGCCCUCCGGGAGAUGGACUGCGACAUGUCCUGUGAGGAGCAUGGCGAGCGGCUGCAGCUGUUCUGUGAGGAGGAGGGUCAGCUCAUCUGCUGGCGCUGCGAGCGGGCCCCGCAGCACCAAGGGCACAGCACCGCACUCGUGGAGGAUGUGUGCCCCGGCUACAAGGAAAAGCUCCAGAAAGCCGUGACAAAAUUGAGGCAACUGGAAGAGGAAUGUGCGAACCAGAAGGCAUUCCGGGGGAAGCAGAUAACCAAGUGGAAUGAGAAGAUAAGUGUGAAGAGACAGAAGAUCCAGUCCGACUUCAAGAACCUGCACAGGUUCCUGGAAGAGGAGGAGAAGUUGCACCUGUGGAGACUGGACAGAGAGAAGGAGCAGACUCUGAUGAGACUGAGGGACAGCGAGUCCAGACUGGGCCAGAAGAGACGCCAGCUGGAGAGCCACAUCCUGGAGCUGGAGGAGAGGUGUCAGGGCUCGGCGCAGAAGCUGCUGCAGGACGUGAAGGCCACGCUGAGCAGGAGUCAGGCCGUGCAGCUGGAGGCCCCGGAGGCCCUGUCCUUGGAGGUUCACACCGUGUGCGAUGUUCCGAAGCUUUACUUCGACGUGAAGAAGCUACUGAGGACCUGUCAAGUGAGUGUGGUUCUGGAUCCGGAUACGGGGCAUCGGGAACUGAUUGUGUCUGAGGACCAGAGACAAGUGACUCGGGGGUGCCCCCAGGACAACCUGGACGUGUCUCCCAGGAGGUUCGCCGCCUCGCCCUGCAUCCUGGGCCGGGAGAGCUUCACCUCAGGGCGGCACUACUUCGAGGUGGACGUGGGAGAAGGGACUGGCUGGGACGUCGGUGUCUGCGCGGAGAGUGUGCAGAGGGGCGUGGUCCUGAAGCAGGAGCCCCAGGCCGGCUUCUGGGCUCUCCGGCUGUGCGCCAAGGACGGCUACGUGGCGCUGACCUGGCCCCGCACGCCCCUGCGCCUCGGGGAGCAACCCCUGGUGGUGGGGGUUCUCCUGGACUGCGAGGCUGGAGUCGUUUCCUUCUACAGCAUGACCUCAGGCUCUCACCUCUUCACCUUCCCCAAGGCCACCUUCUCAGCCGCGCUGCGGCCCUACUUCCAGGUCUAUCCAUACUCUCCCUUGUUCCUGCCACCGCCGGAUGCGUGAGGACAGGAGCAGCGUCCGGGGCUGGGCUGGACCAGCCAGAGAAACUCUGUGAAUCCGUGAGGCCAGGACCCUGGUCUGUGCCUCACUGCUGUUCCCGGCUGUUGUGGGUCCUCAUCAAUCUGCAUUCGAGUGAAGGGCUGUCAGGACGGAGAAUCCCACAGGUGGUCGUCUGAGCCUGACCUGUAGCUGCGCCCGUGGACUCAGAGCCCCGCUAGCCUGAAGUCCGUGGGUGAUGCAGAGUUUGGGAGGUCCGAGGGCUCCCAUUUUUUUUUCUUCUCACCUGAGGACAUGCUCUUUGAUUUUUUCUUUUUAAGAGUGAGGGGGAGGGAGGGAGAGAGAAAGAGAAUCAUCAGUGGGAGAGAGAAGCGUCGAUCGGUUGCCUCUUGUACACACCCCAGCCAUGAACUGAACCCGCAACCCAGGCAUGUGCCGACUAGGGAUCGAACCUGUAGUUUAUGGGCUUCACUUUCGGUUCACGGGAUGACACCGCAGCUGGCUGAGCCGCCCGGCAGGGCCCCCCAGCGUGUUUGAUGCGGUUUGGACUCGAGUGGGGAUGAGCAGCAGCUGCAGGUGCUCCGCUUGCUGCACGGAAGAGCCGGGAAACCGUGACAGCCAUGAGUCCGGUAGCUGCCGAGUUGUUAGUCACUAAUCUCAGCCACAGCCCUUGGGGACAGUGUCUUGGGGGACAAGGUGGGUGCAGAGGCCAUGAGACUGCUGCGUUCUGCCCAGACUGGCCCGUGGGGGGCUGGAGAAAAGUGGGUUAUGAUGGGGCCUCCUCCUGCAAAUAAAGUGGGUGUUUUCCAGAAUGUG